AGAAAGGCACGCGGUGGAGGGCUAACUUUAACACACGCGAGUUGUCAGGGUCUGGGAAGAAACCAAACCAUCUUUCAUACAAUCCUAGACAUUUGCUUCAGUUUCAACAUGAAUGUCCAACCUUGUGCUAGGUGUGGCUAUGUGGUUUACCCAGCGGAGAAAAUCAACUGUAUAGAUCAGAAUUGGCACAAAGCGUGUUUUCACUGUGAGAUUUGUAAGAUGAUACUUACCCCAACUAAUUUUGUCAGCCAUCAGAAAAAGCCAUACUGCCAAGUGCACAACCCAAAGAACAAUGACUUUACCAGCGUGUAUGAGACUCCCAUUAACAUAAAUGCAAAAAAACAAUCUGAAGCCAUCAGCGAGAUUAAAUACCGUGAAGAAGGAGAAAGGUAUAAAUCUGUUUUUCACUGGGAUAUGAAAUCCAGAGAGGUGGAACAUGCCCGUAAAGUCAGUCAUCUUGCAAGUCAGAAAACCUACCAGACUGACUAUGAAGAAAAUAAAUCCUGGUACAAAGACACAGUAACCAAUCCAGAAAUGAUAAGUGUGACCCAGGCACAGAAAAGCAUUAGUGAUGUAGAGUAUAAGCACGGGCAUGAGGAUCGUGUUUCCAAAUUCACAUCAGUUGCAGACACUCUAGACAUAUUGCAUGCCCAGGCAGCAGGGCAGCUUGCCAGUGAUAUUGAAUACACUGAAGAAUACGAGCAGUUUAAAGGAAAAGGAAGCUUCCCUGCAAUGAUCACUCCAGCAUACCAGCACGCCAAGCAAGCCAACACUUUGGCUAGUGAUCUGGAGUACAAGCGUGGGCACGGGGAGCGUGUUUCUCAGUACACCUCGGUGACAGACACCCCAGAGGUGCUGCUUGCUAAAGCAGGAGGGCGACUCGCCAGCGAUUACGCCUACACGGAACAAUAUGAGCAGCACAGAGGAAAAGGCAGCUUCCCAGCACUGAUCACCCCAGCCUACCAGAAUGCCAAGAAAGCCAGUGAGCUGGCCAGCACUGUGAAAUAUCAUGAACAGUAUGAAAAAGAGCUGAAGGGGAAAGGGUGCAGUGAUGCUGGUGGAGCCGAGGCUUCCCUUGCCAGGGAGAACGCAGACAGGUUCAGCCAGCACCUGUACACUGAAGAAUAUGAACAGCACAGAGGGAAAGGCAGCUUCCCUGCAAUGAUCACUCCUGCUUAUCACAUGGCCAAGAAAGCCCAUGACCUUGCCAGUGAUGUAAAAUAUAAGAAAGAUCUUUCAAAGAUGAAAGGGGCAGCUCAUUUCCACACUCUGACUUCUCACGACAAUUUAGCACUCAAGAGAGCCCAGAAAAUCAACAAACUAGUGAGCGAGGUGGAGUACAAGAAGGAUCUGGAAAACACCAAAGGUCACAGCAUUAAUUACUGUGAAACUCCUCAGUUUAAGAAUGCAUCCAAGAUGGCUAAAUAUACUAGUGAUGUUAAGUACAAGCAGAGCUAUCAGAACCAGAUGAAGGGGCAUUAUGAAGGGGUUGGUAUGGACAGACGGAUACUCCAUGCAAUGAAAGUCAGAAAUUUGGCAAGUAGUAUCGCUUAUAAAUCGGACUAUGAAAAUGACAAGAAUGAACAAACUGACUACAACUAUCCUGCCACAAUGACUCCUUCGUAUAAGACUCAGAAAAAACUGGAACCCCUAAAGGAUCUGAAUUAUCGAGCCCAGUAUGAAAAAACCAAGACGAACUUCACUUUGCCUCAGGAUAUUCCUCACCUCAAGAAGGCGAAGACCAAUGCUGAGCUUUACAGUGGUAUUAAAUACAAGGAGGACUGGGAGAAGACUAAAUCGAAGGCUUGUGAGAUGACUCUGGAUAACAUGUCUUUAUUGGCAGCCAAAGCUUCCCGGGAUCUAGCUAGUGAUAUAAAAUACAGAGAAGCUUAUGAGAAAACGAAAGACAAAGCAGUGGGAACCAGUGUGAGCGACUCCAAGACCCUGCACUCACUCCAAGCUAACAAGAUGAGCAGCGAGAUUGCCUACAGGAAAGGUUCUAAAGAAACCCGAUCCAAGUUCCAUCUUCCUUUGGACAUGCUGCACCUGAGCCACGCCAAGAAGGCUCAGUCCCUGGCCAGUGAGACAGAGUACAGGAAGAGGCUGCAUGAGUACACAGUGCUGCCAGACGACAUGAAGGUCAAGUGGGCAAAGAAGGCCUACAGCCUGCAGAGUGAGAGCCAAUACAAAGCUGAUCUGAGUUGGAUGAAAGGGGUGGGAUGGGUCACAGAGGGCAGCCUUGAUGUUCAGCAGGCAAAGAAAGCAGGAGAUCUUGUCAGUGAGAAAAAGUACAGGCAGAAGGUUGAUGAACUGAAAUUCACCCAGGUGGCUGACACGCUCAACAUUAAACAUGCCAAGAAAAGCCAGAAACUGCAGAGUGAGCUUGUGUAUAAAGCAGGCACUGAGCAAACCCUUCACCAGUACACUAUGAACAAAGAUGAACCGCUAUUCAGACAGGCGAAAGCAAAUGCUGAAUACCUCAGUGAGAAAUCCUACAAGAGUAGUUGGGAAAAGCAAAAAGGCAAAGGGUUUGAGCUUCGUAUGGAUGCGCUCUCCAUCUUGGCAGCAAAAAGCAAGAGGGAUCUUGCAAGCAAUAUCAAGUACAGAGAAGAUUAUGAGAAGACGAAGGGCAUGAUGAUUGGAGUAAAGGACGUUACAGGCGAUUCUCAGCUGGCUCAUUCCACGCGAGCGUCCAGGUUGCACAGCGACCUGCAGUACAAGAAAGAGUAUGAGGACAACAAAACGAAGUACAGCACCUCCCUAGAUAUGCUGACCCUCGCUCAUGCCAAGAAGGCACAAGGCCUGGCGACAGACCAAGGGUACAAGACAUUCCUGCAUCAUUACACCUCUGUGCCGACUGACUCUAAGCUGGAAUGGGCAAAGAAGGCUUAUGGAAUACAGAGUGAUAACCAAUACAAGUCUGACCUAAACUGGAUGAAAGGAGUUGGGUGGGCGGCUGCAGGAUCAUUGGAUGUGGAACAAGCCAGGAAAGCAGGAGAUCUCGUUAGUGAGAGAAAAUACCGUCAGCAUGCCUAUGCACUGAAGCACACCAGCAUCAAAGACACACCUGAAAUGAUUCAAGCCAAGAUUAGUUAUAACCAGGCUGUGGAUAGAUUAUACAAAGAACACGGCGAGAAUGUGAAGCACCACUACACCAUGACAAACAACCUUCCAGAGCACCUGCAAGCCAAACUCAAUGCAACAAACUUAAGUGAGACCUGUUACAAGCAAUCUUGGACUAAGCUUCGGGACGCUGGGUACAAGUUGGGUUUGGAUGCAAUUCCAUUCCAGGCCGCUAAAGCGUCUGGAGAAAUGAUCAGUGAUUACAAGUACAAAGAAGUGUUUGAGAAAACAAAGGGCCAGAUGGUUGGACUGAGGGGAAUGGAAGAUGACAUCAAUAUUUCUCACUCAGUCCAUGCAGGAAAGCUUCAGAGUGAUUUAAAAUACAGGCAAGACUCAAAGAAGACCAGGUCCCAGCUCCACCUGCCUAUGGACAUGAUGGUGUUGGUGCAUGCUAAGAAGGCCCAGUCUCUGGCCAGCGACCAGGAUUACAAGUUCAUGCUUCAUCAGUACACCUCUCUGCCCGACGACCUGAAGAUGCAAUGGGCAAAGAAGGCCUACGAGCUGCAGAGCGAGAAACUGUACCGCUCUGACUUGAACUUCUUGAGAGGAGUGGCCUGGAUCAGCACAGGGGCCGUGCAGAUCGAAGGAUCGAAGAGAGCAACGGAUCUGCUCAGCGAGAAAAAGUAUCGUCAGCAGCCAUAUUCGUUCAAGCAUACAACUGUGACAGACUCUCCUGAUUUGCUCCAUGCUAAAUUAAGCAACAUUAUUUCCAAUGAGCGUCUCUACAAAGAAGCUGGAGAACACGUCAGACAUCAUUAUACCACGACCCUUGGUCAACCUGAGCUCAACCAAGCAAAGAUUAAUGCAGCCAAUUUCAGUGAGUCAAAAUACAGGCAGUCCUGGCAGAACUUACGUGCUCAGGGCUAUAAGUUAACAAUGGACGCCAUCCCAUUCCAGGCUGCGAAGGCAUCUGGAGACAUUGCAAGUGAUUACCAAUACAAACAUAACUUUGUGCUGGAGAAGGGCAAGCACAUUGGAGCCAGGAGCAUUCUGGAUGACCCCAAGCUGCUGCACUGCAUGCAGAUGGCCAAGUUACAGAGCGAGCAGCAGUACAAGAAGGGUUCCCGGGACACCAGCUCCCAGUUCCACCUGGCUAUGGACAUGGUCAACAUGGUCCAUGCCAAGAAGGCUCAGACGCUGGCCAGCAAUCAGGACUACAAGACCAAGGUCCACGCCUACACUGUACUGCCGGAUGACAUGAAGGUGCAGUGGGCAAAGAAGGCUUAUAAGCUGCAGAGUGAGAAACUGUACAAAUCAGACCUGAACUUCAUGAAAGGAGUGGGCUGGAUUACAGCGGGCACCCCACAGAUCGAAACUGCAAAAAGAGCUGGAGAACUUAUCAGUGAGAGGAACUAUCGGCAGCACCCAGGCAGCCUGCAGUUCACCUCAGUGGCUGACUCUCCAGACCUGCUCCAUGCUAAGAACAGCUACCUGCAAUGCAGUGAAAGGCUGUACAAGUCUGGAGAUUCCGAGUCCAUGCACAGAUGCACCUUGCCUAUUGACCAUCCCGACUUCAUCAGAGCCCGUAUGAACGCUCAGCACAUCAGUGAUAAAGCUUAUAAAACAUCUUGGGACCAGAUCAGAUCUGCCGGCUUCGACUUUCGACUGGAUGCCAUCCCCUUCCAAACAGCUAAAGCAUCAAGAGAAAUUGCUAGUGAUUUCCGAUACAAAGAGGCCUUUGUGAAGGAUAAGGGUCAGCAGAUUGGGUUCCGCUGCGUCGAUGAUGACCCCAAAAUGAAACACUUUCUAUCGGUCAGCAAACUCCAGAGCAACAACGAGUACAAGAAGCAUUCAGAGGAGAUCAGAUCCCAGUACAAGAUCCACAGUGAUCAGCCAGGCUUCCUCCAAGCCAAGAAGAGCCAGGAGCAAGCCAGCGACCUGAGCUACAGACAGCACCUGCACCAGUAUACCUGCGACCCAGAGCAGCUCAAUCUGAAGUACGCAAAGCAGGCCUACAAGCUGCAGAGUGAUGUUAACUAUAAAUCGGACCUGAGCUGGAUGCGGGGUAUUGGCUGGACCCCGCCAGGCUCCCAUAAGGUGGAGAUGGCCAGGCGGGCGGCAGAACUGGGCUACGCACAGGGGCUGGACCCGGAACAGGCUGCAGCGCAGCAUGAGCAGCACAUGCAGGCUUCUCAGCAGAAGGAAACCAGAGAGGAAUUUCAGCAUGCGGGGGUUAACCUAGAUGCUACGGAGAUCCUUCAUGUCAAAAGAAAGAAAGUGCAGACAACUAAGAAAACUAUGUAGAGUCCCUCAGGAAUGCAAAUACAGUACUGUAUGCUCCUGUGCUGCAUUUAUAUCACACAAGUGCUGUGUCUGUGCUCGGAUUCUCAAGAAUGCCAGUUUAAACAUGUCUAUGGGACUUGGAAGGUAAAACGCUUACUAAUGUACUUUAAAGGUUUCAACACUACUAUUCAUAUUUAUAAUUUGUUGUGAUGAAUGUUGCUUACUUGUUAAUAUCUGAUAUUUAUUUAGAAAUGACGUAUGACAUGAUGUACUACUAUUUAACUGACAGGCUCAGCUGUGUACCACAGAGACAAAACAUUGCUUUGUGUCAUGUGCUUAAAUGUUUGGCAAAGAGGCAAUACAACACUUGUUUACCUACGAUAUGCUUUGGAAGGUUAAAUAAAGAUAUUUGGUAUAGCACA